UAAUAAUCUGUGAACCUAACCCUAAAUUUCCGGACCAUAGUUUAAAAUCAAUAAUGCUUCCUAUUUUUAUCAUCUAUUAUUCAUUUUCCUAAUUUUAGGUAGAUGUUUAAUGAGAUUCUAAACAAACUAAGAUGAGAUGGGAUCGUUUUCGCGUUCUUUGCCUGGGAUUCGUAUGGUGUUGGGUGUUUGUGAGUGUUUUAGGCGAAUUAGGUAACCCCUAUAAAAAUUUGGGUGUAAGCCCUACGGCAACAACGGCUGAAAUACGGACCGCCUAUAAAGCGCUGGUCAAAGAAUGGCAUCCAGACAAAUCAAAAGACCCAAAUGCUGCGGACCGAUUUGUUGAAAUCAAACAAUCCUAUGAGUUGUUGAUCGAUGAGUAUAGACGAAAGUUGUAUGACCAGAAAGGUAUUACUGAAGAUGCAUUUCAUAAGGGAGAUCAUCCGAGUCACUUCCAGCCGUUCAGUGCGACUCAAGGGGCGCGAUUUAAUUUCCAUGAGGAAGAUAUCAGAUUUUUUCACGAACUGUCUAUCAACACCAGAAUGUUCGACACCGUGAUUCUACCGGCGAGCCAAACAAAACCCUAUCUAAUAUUCUUUUUCGCUGAUUGGUGUUUUCCAUGCUUACAAUCCGCUCGACAUUGUCGCGUAAUUCUCGAUGCAAUCAAGCCUACAGGCAUUGAUCUGGUCUCGGUUUAUGCCAAUAGAGAGCCAACCGUGGUAAGGCGUCUGAAUGUGCCAUCCAUCCCUUGUAUGGUCCUCCUCGUAGACGGCAACAGCUACAUUUAUAGGGAUGGAAUUACCAAAUACUCCAAACUAUAUGAUUUCAUUAAAAAGAAGCUUCCCUACAAGCUAGUGCCCACAGUGGGCGUCGAUAAUGUGGCCAGUUUCCUCAAUGGAUGGACGGACAACAGAGUCAGAGGCCUGAUUUUCACACAAAAGCCAAAACGCCAGUUCUACUUCCUUGCCACAGCGUUUCGUUUUCGACAGAGAGUAGCAUUUGGAUUUGCCGAAUCACAGGAGCUGUUCGCUAAUUACAAAGUCCCCUUGAAUAUGGACACUGUGCUUUUGUUCAACGAGAAUGCCUCUUCACCUGUGGCAAGCAUCACAAUGGAACAAAUUCCUAUUAACAAACUGCACGCUGUGGUUUCGUCAAAUCUUUAUUUAGCUCUGCCCAGGCUAUCAUCACAGAAUUUAUUAGAUGAACUUUGUCCCUCCGGAUGGAGUAAACCGAAAAUGAAAAUCUGCGUCGCUCUUGUAACUGAGGAAUCUUCAGAGCAUGAUCUCCAUCGUAAGGCGUUCAGACAAUAUGCUGAACAAUUUCCCAAAGGACACAAAGAGAAAGUUCAAUUCACGUACAUCUACCAUAAGCGACAGGCGCAUUUUAUCAAUGCCCUUCGACCGAAUGAUCAAUUUGUUGAGCCUCUAUUGCGUAUCCUGUUGUUUUGGAGGCGCGAUAAUUCGCUGGUGAAAUACGAGUGGUCGCCAGUGAAAUGGGAAAUUGAGAAUCAUCUAAACAACAGCCACGAAAAGCUCGCAGAAACCAUUCUAAGGCUGCUAAAGUCGACGGAGAAUUUUCAGUAUGAGGCCCAUGUUACCGAUUUAUUCGACGAACAUGCGCUAACGCUCUUGAAAAAGAUCUUCUUCCGAAUCACUCAGUAUAUAGAGCUUGCCUACGAUAGUCUGGGCAAAGAACAAGUCCUGCCCAUACUUUCAGUUCUUGGCUCGAUUCUAUUCAUAUUGGGCAUCGGUUAUUUGAUGGCGCAUUUAGUGGAACAGGAGGAAGAAAACGUGAAAAAAAUGCGAGCCUCUGAUAAGUCUGGAAACAACAAUAAUAAUUCCAAGCCGUCCUAUCAGCCGGAACUCAAGCUGCACGAUUUCAGGUCGGAAUCAUACAAUGCGCUGGUUAGAAUGUUAAAACCUGGCUGUAGAACUGUUUUGCUGAUUUUGGACAUGCAGUCAAGACAGCAACUGAUUCCUCAGUUCCAUCGAGCCGUAUGGCCGUAUCGAAAGAACAAAACGUUAAAUUUCGCCUACAUGUACAUUGAAAAAGGCCUGGCUUGGUACAAGGACCUGCUGCAAGUGUCUCUAUUCGAAGAAACAGAACUGAACAUCAAUCCGAGGAACUGCGUUGGCACCGUUUUAGCGCUGAAUGGCCACCGAAAGUAUUUCUGCGUUUUUCAUGCCAAGCACCGCGAAAAGAAAAAGAAGGCGCUAAAAAAGAUAGAAAAAAGUAAGGAUGCGGAAAAGGACUGCGAAAGCGGAGCCUUCAUCGGAUUCAACUCAGAAUCCGAUUCUGAAUCAGAAGACGUCCUCUUGGAAGGAGCCUUGUUGGACGGCCUCUCUAACUGGUUAGACCGUCUAUUUGAGGGCUCGACCCAAAGGUAUCACAUUAACUAUUGGCCGGAGUUUCCCAUUAAGAAGCUAGACCAUUAUCAAACACCUUCAGCACUAGCUUAAACUCCUACAUUUUUCCUGGACGAGAAGUUGGUCUCGUAUAUUGACCAAGUUGUGCGUUUGAAUCGUUCUCAAAUGUAAAGAAGAGUUUUAUAAAACGAUAACCGUUCAAUAAGCCAAUGCAUAUACACAGUAAUCGAAUCAAUUGAAAUUAGGUCCAGUUAUCAUUGGUUUUACGUAAGUUACGAUAUUAAUCGAAAGUAUAUCGCCUUCCUGCAUAUUUGUUUCAUGUUUAAAUGUUAAAAGUGUUUGUUUUGUGGAUGUUAAGCUAAGGUGUCUUUUUCCAUGAGUCGACGCGAACAAAAUUGCAUGCAUUACGAUUAACUGUUAAGGAAAAACGGGACCUUAGAAUAGUUUUUUCAAAACUUGUUAUUGAGAUAAUCAACUAGUGUGGUUUAACAUUAUUUAUUGCUUGUAGAACGAGUAUAUAUUGUGAUUAUUGUUUUAAAUAAAAUGCAUUUCAGCUUCGA